AAAAAAAUGCACUUGGUCAUAUAUUUAAUGCUUAUCCAUCGCCGACAUUAAUUCAUCUUGAUAAUCAAUUAGCAAUUGAUAUAACAUGGUUAAUAGAAAGUACGAGGAUGGAAGAAACAAUCUUAACAUUUGUUAUGGAUGUAUUUUAUAAAGAUGAUUCUAAAUCAUCCUAUACAUGGUCAUUAAAAGUUCUUGUUAUACAACCGAAACGUACAAUAGAUAGUGUGUUUAUGAUGAUAUUACCAUUUUUAAUAGUAUUUAUUUCAAUACAAAUGGGUAUAUUACUUGAUACAAAACUUUUAAUUGGUCUUGUUAAAAAACCUAAACCAGUUAUAGUUGGUUUUCUUUCACAAUAUGGUCUAAUGCCAUUUUUAGCAAUGGGUAUAGCAAAAGUUUUUAAAUAUACACCGUUAUAUAGUCUUGCUCUAUUUGUUAUUGGAUGUUGUCCAGGUAGUGGUGCUUCCAACCAAUGGACACUUUUGUUCGAUGGUGAUGUUAAUUUAUCAGCUGUAAUGUCAUUUGUAUCAACUGCUACAUCUUUUGUUAUGAUGCCACUCUACUUCUAUACAUUAGGACGUAUUUAUACGGAUGAAUUACAUAUACGUGUACCAUUUUUAGGUCUUGUACGAUCAUUGGCACUUGUUGUUAUACCAUACAGUGUUGGUAUUGUUAUUAGUCAUUAUUCACCAAAGACGCGUAAAAUUGUUGAAUCUCUUGUUAAGCCACUGAUGUUAUUUCUUCUAAUAUUUUUUCUUGUUUUUGGUACAAUUGUUAAUUGGUAUUUACUUACAAUGAUUGAUUUAUAUACAGCAUUAACAGCACCAUUAUUACCUUAUUUAGGAUUUUUACUUGGUGCUUUUUUUGCAUGGAUAUGUCGACUUGAUUGGAUUCAUAUUAAAACCGUUGGUAUUGAAGCUGGAAUACAAAAUACUGGUAUUGCAUUCAUGAUUAUAUUAUAUUCAUUUCCACAACCUUAUGCAACACAAGCAAUUGUUGUUCCACUUGUCGUAGCUUUCUUAACAACAAAACCAUUCUGGCUUGUUUAUGUUAUUCGAAGUCAAAUAAUUAAAUAUAAAAAAAGAAAAGAAUUAGAGAAUAGUAAGGAGAAACCAAUUUUAAACAAUGAAAUAAAUAAUACAAAAGAAGACGCUGCCAAAAUGAUGCAAACAUUAUAA